AUGGGAAAUAAAGCAGAGGCCGAAAAUGCAUAUGGGGAGGCAGAGUCCAGCCUUGACACCCGCGGGUUCCCUGAGCAGAUGAAGAAUUUUUCGAAAAAGGGGCAUGGAAUGGAUCAGGAUAGGAACAUAAUUGUUGUCAAGGAGGUUAUUGUUGUUACGGUGGAUAAUGGAAGUGCGAGUGCGCUGAGCAGCUUAAUUGCGCUUGCAAUUGUUUUUGUUGGCACGCAAAUUAUAGCGUCAGUCUGGAAAAAGUACCACCCAAAGUCCUUCAAUGUAGUUAAUGUUGCCACGCUUAUUUUCUUUCCAUUCGUGGCAGGACUUCUCUCCAAAUCGUAUUUAUUCAUUUCCAUCUGGGCUGCCAUUGUCUUUACACACUUUGUCGCGUUUAAAGACAUUUUUAUGGGGCGCAGGCCCAGGCUUCUUACCACAAAUGUGUAUAAUAUAUACAGAGUUAUAUUUCAGUGCAGUCUGGUUGUCUCGAUCAUCGGAUACCUUAUGGUGGCCUUUGGGUUCUUCAGACAAAUUAGGCCGAUGUAUAUGGGCGGAGUGCGCUGCCUGAUGUUUGUGCUGUACUUCACGCUGAUCAUUCGAAUAGGGCUGGAUAUUGUAAGCAGCAGGGCAUCUGGAACAAUACUCCCAUCCAAGGCAGCCAAAACACAAGGGAAUGUGUGCCCGCUGUGCCAGAUGGAAAUAGUUGACAAAAAGAUGACACUUGCAUGCAAAGAGUCCUUCCAUAUCAACUGCAUUAAGAACUGGAAGAUACUUGGAAAGAAAGAUACUUGCCCGUCGUGCAAAGAGAAAGUAGACCUAUCGGAGAUUGAAAUGAAUCCCUGGCAGAAGAAUGAAUACUUAUUCACGAAGUUUUUAGACUUUACAGGAAAUCUUAUUUUUGCAUAUGCUGUGAUUCAGGGAAUUAUUCUUUUCAUGUAG